CAGUGCCUUGUACUUUGCAGAGACGGUUUUUGGUUUCCUUACUUAAUCCAGCACAAGCAAGCCAGCAGCAAACUCCAAACACGUCUCCUUUUGCUUUGUAAGUUGUUUUUACACAAAAACAAUGGGAAACAGCGCGGAUAAAGUGGAGGCCAAGCCGGCUCCAGAGAAAACGGAGAAAAAACCCUUGAAGCCCUGCUGUGCUUGUCUCGAAACAAAGAAAGUUCGAGACGAGUGUAUAGUCAAUAAAGGUGAAGCUGAGUGUGGGCAUCUUAUAGAAGCUCACAAAGCAUGUAUGAGAUACUUAGGAUUUAAUAUUUAGACGAAAAAAUGAUGGAUCUCAAAAUGGUAUGUCAUGAGUUAAAUGUGAAUACUUGAAAAAAAGAAUUAAUAUGAGCUCAGUACCUUAAUUACUAUUAAGUUCACCUUUUUACGUUAGAAAAUGUAAAUAAAUAAAUGAUUAAGCUAUUGAAUAUGUAUUUAUCAUUUUUGCUCCAAGAUGAAUAAAAGAUGUUUAUAUCAAGUGUUUUUUAGCCAAAAAUAAA